AUGGUCGACGCCGCAUUCUACCAAAAGGACAUUGGGGAAGCCUACUUCUUCUCAGUGGACCAGUAUUGCCGUGUGAAGUGGGAGCCCUACACCUCAACCGAGAAACGUACCUGGGGCCCGGCCCUAAUCAAGGACCACUGGAAAUCGCUAGCACGGGCGGGGUUUGAGACAGUGGACGCGAUAGUCCCAGUGCAAGGGUCAACGGAUGAGCUGUAUUUCUUCCGCGGCCUGGAGGUGGUGCAAAUCAAGUUCACGCCUAAGGCUGGGGGCGACGUCAUUGUUGACGGACCUAUCAAGACUCUGGAUAAGUGGAAGUCGCUGGCAGGGACAACGGUUGAUCGGGUGGGCGCUGGCAUAGUCGUGCCUGGCGUCCCGGGUCAGGCUUAUCUCUUCAGCGGGAAGAACUACGUCAAGAUUGACUUGGUCAAGGACAAGGUUGUGUACGGCCCCACGGAGAUUGCCAAGGAAUGGCCUGGUUUGAUUAAGGCAGGCUUCGACUCGGUGGACGCCGCACUCCAGGUCCCCGAGGACAAGGCCAAGUAUACGGGCGAGACGUACUUUUUUAGAAAGGACCAGUAUGCUCGCGUGCAGGUGAUCUCGUCAAAACUAGAUGUCCUACAGUGGGGGUCCGUAAAAUGGAAGGACCAUUGGAAGAGCUUAGAUUGGAUUGCUAAGCAGCAGCCCCUGGCUUCUGCCUCGGGUCCCGGGUUGGAGUCUGGCUCUGGUGCUGGUUCUGGUACUGGUACUGGUACUGGUUCUGGUACUGGUACUGGUGCUGAUGCUGGUGCUGGUGCUGGUACUGGUACUGGUACUGGUUCUGGUACUGGUACUGGUGCUGAUGCUGGUGCUGGUGCUGGUACUGGUGCUGGUACUGGUGCUGGUACUGGUGCUGGUACUGGUGCUGGUACUGGUGCUGGUACUGGUGCUGGUACUGGUGCUGGUACUGGUGCUGGUACUGGUGCUGGUACUGGUGCUGGUACUGGUGCUGGUACUGGUGCUGGCUCUGGAGCUGGUUCCGGUGCUGGUUCUGCUGGUUCAGGACAAAGCUCAGGCUCCGGCGGACAGUCAGCUAAGCCUCAGCCCCUCUAUAGUGGUGUACAUUAUAAUACCCCCGUCGGCCGUAUGGGCAAAAACCGGUACGCCGCUUACCUCGCGCCGCCCGUGAUCGGGAUCGAGGUUUGGGAGGGUUACUGGUAUGCGAUAUAA